AUGCUGGCAAAGUUAUCGAGCUUCGGUUUCAUUCCACAAGGUCGACCACGCAUCCGAGAUAGAUUCGCCCCACCUAGUUACGUCGCCUACUUGGUUUUCAUGAUGCUUAUCCUUGCUUUAGUUCUCCAAUAUUUGUUCGCCCUCGCCGAUGGGCAUGGUCCUCAUGGAGACGAUGAAGUAGAAACUGGUCCCGUGAAUGUGGCACUUGUGGAGUUCACAGCAUCGGGUCACAUCGGCAAAUUUGUACAGGAGUGGCCCGAAAAAACUGGAUUGUCAGAAUACCCAUCCAGCUUCACUCGGGGCAUCGAGCCGAAGAAUAUCCACUCGCACAAUGACUAUUGGCAGAAAGUGCCUUUUUACCAGGGGCUUUCUGUUGGGGCGGUCUCGACCGAAGCUGAUGUAUGGGCACACGAUGGGGGUCUUCUGGUCGGCCAUGAAAAAACUGCUCUCGAUGCGAAACGUACAUUUAGAUCUCUCUACAUAGACCCAAUCGUAGACGUUCUUGAGAAACAGAACCCGGUUACCGAAUAUGUCAACAAUACUCGAUGUGGACCGUUCGAUGAAAAUUGCUUCCAAACUCUUUAUCUCUGGGUCGAUCUUAAGACUGGCGCAAAAGAAACGUGGCCAUUGGUCGAUGCUCAACUUGCCCCCCUCCGCGAAAGAAAUUGGCUCACGAGAUGGACUGGAAAGGUCAUAAUCCCUGGACCUGUGACAGUGAUUGGGACGGGCAGUUCGAACUGGGAGGUCCUUAUUGCAAAUAAAACUCGCCCGAGAGACUACUUUGUCGAUGCUCCUCUUCUGGACAUUGGGACCAAGUCUGAGCAAAUGCACACAGACGGGAAAACUCCACUAUACGACAGCGCAUCCAGCCCUUUUGCCACAUCCAGCCUCAUCACAGCUGUCGGACCCAUCAAAGGGGAACUGAGCGAGAAACAGUUGAAGAAGAUCGAAAGCUUGGUGAAGGCUGCUAAGGAACGGGGAAUUUUGACGAGAUUUUGGGAGACGCCGAAUUGGCCCACCCGACGAAGACACAAUAUAUGGAGACAGCUGUUGGAUGUACCGGUCGGGUUAUUGAAUGUCGACGAUCUUGAAGAUGCGGCGUAUGGCGACUGGUAG